AUGUGGAACAAGGAUGUAGAGGCCGAGCACGUUGAAUGCGCCAAGCCGGCCCCGGCAUGGAUUCCAUCCAAGUCAACCAAAGGCCUGGCCGGUUAUGCUUUGCAAGAAGCAGAGCAUCACAGGGAGACUUGUGGUUCAGGCCAUCUGUUGCUGCACGACUGCCUUAAGAUCCACGGGUGA